AUGCCUACCACGUUCACCAUCGCGACCAAGCCCAUAGACAAGCCGACUGUCGGCGUGAAUGGCUACGACGGCUUCCACCCAGGCAAGACGACGCGCCUCGAGAAGGGCAGCACCCGCGAAGGCUUUGCGGGCGAACGCACCCGUCCUCUCGAAUCCGACAUCCUCCUCGAGCACGAUGUCGAGCUCGUCAUGCGCGACGGAGCCAAGCUCUACUGCGACAUCUACCGCCCCGCCGACUCGGACGAGAAGGUCCCAUGCUUGAUCAUGUGGUCGCCGUACGGGAAACGCUACUCGUCCAUCAACAUGCUUCCCGUCACGACAUGGCGCUGCGGUAUCCGCUCGUCCGACUUGAGUGGCUGGGAGAAGUUCGAGGGACUCGACCCCGCGACGUGGUGCCCGCGCGGAUACGCCAUCGCAAGUAUCGACACUCGCGGCGCAGGCAACUCGGACGGUUCGGUGCAGAUCAUGGGCCAGAACAUGGGAGAGGACGGUUACGACGUCGUCGAGCUCCUUGCGAAGAAGGACUGGUGCAACGGGAACGUCGGUAUGGCGGGCAACUCGUUCCUCGCCAUCUCGCAGUGGCACAUCGCAGCGCAGCAGCCGCCUUCGCUCAAGGCUAUCGCACCCUGGGAGGGAUGCGGCGACCUCUUCCGCGAGCAAUUCGUCCGCGGUGGCGUCUUCGAGAUCUCGAACAUGGACCUGAUCAACAAGCUCAUCAUCAAGGGCAACAAUGGAACGGAGGACUUCUUCGAGAUGUACGAGCGCGAGCCGCUCCAGUCGCCUUACUGGGCCGACAAGCGCGCCGACAUGACCAAGAUCAAGAUCCCUGCGUACAUCUCCGGCUCCGACUUCUCGUCAAUUCACACCAUGGGCUCGAUUCGCGGCUUCUGGGAGUGCCAGGGUCCGAAAUGGAUCAGGUGGUCGGGCAUUCAGGAAUGGCACGACCUGUAUUGCGUCAAGGAGUCGAACGAGGAGCUCCUCGAGUUCUUCGACCACUACCUCAAGGGCAAGGAGAACGACUUUGUCGCCAAGACGCCGAAGGUCCGCUGGGCACUCCUGCAGGGCGGCGACCGCGAUGCGAUUGAGAACGUCGAGAUUCCCGACUUCCCUCUCCCCGACACCGACUACCGCGAACAUUUCCUCGCGGCGGACGGCAAGCUUGCCGAAUCAGCUCCGAGCCAGGCGUCGACUGUCUCGUACGUCUCGCGCGGCGAAGGCAAGGGCGUCGUCUCGUUCGACAUCAAGUUCGACAAGAAGACGCAGCUCGUCGGCAUCCCCAAGGCGAUCCUGCACAUGUCGACGGACGACCACGACGACAUGAACGUCUACGUGACGCUCAAGAAGCUCGACAAGGACGGCAACACGCUCAUGCACCAGACUGUCCCUCGCAACCGUGCUUGGGCGCCGACGCAGGCUGAGAUCGAGCCCAAGGACCGCACUUCCCUCCUCCUUCACCCCGGCUCGCUCGGCGUCCUGCGCGCCUCUCACCGCCACAUCGACGCCUCGAAGAACGUCCAUCCCAACUGGCCGUGGCACCCGCACACCUUCGAGGAGAAGCUCAAGCCAGGCGAGAUCGUUCGUCUCGAGAUCGGGAUCUGGGCGAUGGGAUGGACGUUCGACGAGGGCGAGGGUCUCCGCGUCGAGAUUGGCGGUGGUCACGAUAUGAACCACGAGAUUCGUCACUUCUCGACCAAGAGCGUACCCGAGGAGUCGCUCAACAAGGGCGUCCACAAGGUGCACUUGGGCGGCGAGUACGACUCGAAGGUCAUCCUCCCCUUCGUCAACAUCCUCUAG